AUGUCAAAUUCUGUCAUUCGUAAUCAAAAGGCCAAGCUGGCUGCAGAUUAUAAUGACCUGCUGAAGGAACUGUCCUCUCCAAAACUGAAAUCGAUAGGAUGCUACACACUUGGAGAGACCAUUGGCAGAGGAAGUUACGGCAAAGUGAAGUUAGGUGUGCAUCAGCUAACCUGUCGACUUGUUGCUAUCAAAAAGAUCAGCAAAAAGCAUGCACCACUAAUGGCUCGCGAAAUUCAUCAUCAUAGACAGCUUCACCAUCCAAACAUUGUAUCCUUGUACGAGAUUCUUUCUACUGAAACAAGCAUAUUUAUUGUUUCCGAACACUGCCCACAUGGUGACUUAUUCGACGCACUAGCGAAAAAGGGAAGAUUCUCUGAGCCACAUGCGAGAAAGUGGUUUUUACAGCUGACUGAUGCUAUUCAGUACUGCCAUUCGCAUGGCAUCAUACACAGAGAUCUCAAAUUAGAAAACAUCCUUAUAGAUGAAAAGGACAAUGUCAAGAUUUGUGAUUUUGGAUUCGCACGUCAAACAGAUAAGAACCAGCUUCUAAAGACGUUCUGCGGAAGUUUAGCCUAUUCUGCACCUGAAGUGAUUCAGCGUCAAAAUUAUUCAGGCCCUGCAACCGAUAUCUGGUCUUUAGGCGUGAUAUUGUACACAUUGCUAGCAGGCGAGCUUCCCUUUGAUGACGAUUCAGAAUCAGAGUUGCAGAGAAAAGUGGUCAAGAUGGACUAUUUCAUGCCAUCUUUCUUUUCACUUGAUGUUGCAGAUCUAAUCCAAAAGAUCUUGAAACUGAAUCCACAUGAGCGCUACACGAUUGCACAGAUCAGACACCAUCCAUGGCUACAGAACCCCGCCACUGCCAACAGCCAUAUUCAACCACCCUCCACUCUCUCGAGCCAACAGCAGAAAUUACACGAACAAGACACAGCCGAUGCUCUACUGAAUGCAGGUUUCGAUACAUCUGUUGUAAAGGAAAUGCGCUUGAAUCGUUUUGGUAUGCUGGGCACCCUGUGGACCAUGUUGCUAUCAACAUCGAAUCAUCCCAUACAUAUUACUUCCAAGAAGCCAUUGUUACCUAAAGCUGCUUGUACCACACAAACAGGGCAAGAGGAAGAUGGCUGGAUUGAUUCGUUCAAAUCUUGGUUUAUAUCCAAACCGGCGCACAGCGACAUCGGCAGAUUCAAGCCAACACAGCCAGCAACCAUACUGAUAUUGGAUAAGAAGCGACUCCCAGGCGCAGUGCAGCAGCAUAAAUUCAUGAUGAAGACCAUGGUUGCUCCUGCCAUUAUUACAACUACUAUGCCCAUCAUUCAUCAGGACCUUAGUAGCACCAAUAACUGCACAACACGUGAGCAAAAGCACCCUGCCUUGAAGCCUACAGUAUUGCCUCUCAUUCCUAUUCAUCCCACUACGCCAACAAGGGAGGAUGACGAAUUGAUCAUAAAUACAUCUUCGACUUGUAGCUCAGCUGCUGAUGAUGACUAUGAUGAUGACGAUCGAAUGUCUGUCACUUCUUCGCCUGCCACUUCUAUAGAUGAAGAUGAGGAUGUAGAGGGUGUUCAAGUCAAGACUACAUCCAAAGCCGGCAUUUCCGGACCAAACGCAAAUUGCAACAUGAAUGCAUUUCAUCGUGUCUCACCCAUGCCUAGCAGAGCUGAUAUACUCAUACCAAGAUCUAGAUACAAUAUAGACGAACGCCAGAAUAGCCUGCGCAAUAGAUUAGAAAAUAGAAUUAUUAUAGAGGAGGAGGAGGAGGAGGAGGAGGAAGAGGAAUAG